GUUUAGAGAUGGGAGAUGGUGUGAGUGAUGCAAGUUCAGUGGACAAUGGAGUGAACUCUAUCUGCCGGGGAAGAUGGAGUGAAAUGGUUUUUAAAAAAGCCCCACAAAUAGUGGCUAGCUUGCAUAAAUACCCUCAGGUUAUUUUUGGCGUUGGAGGAGGAGCUCCUCCUGGGCCCGGCUACUGCUGGACGCAGGUGGGCAGAGUGGCGUGGGACGGCGGAGAAGAGAGGAGAGGAGAGGCGGCACUUUAUAGGAGCAGGAGCGGAGGAGUGCGUGAUGAAAUGAGAUGUGAAGUGUUCCCUCACUCAGCCAGCAGACGUGUAAAAGAUUUAUCAAGCUGGUGAGGAGAGAGCUCCGGGAAACCAGUUGACGCCCUCAGCCCCAUACCAUCCCAGCCCCCCGGUCUACUACCCCACCAACACCCCCACCCUCCUUUUUACACACCGGCUCGCAACCAUUCACCCAGUCAGUCACCUCAGCUGCGACCGGCCGGCUGGAGCGGAGGCAAAUAAACAGAGCCAGCCACAGCGAUCCUGUCACGGCUUUCGGCUGAGCAAAGAGACACCGGAGCCGAAGAGGAGAAUGGGACACCGGUGCUUGGAUCAGGACUGAGUCUGGUCGGCACAUUCGAGCUCAUCCGACCCGUUUACAAGUCCGUUUCUCCCGGCUCAGUCACGUUACCACCGCCAACACAAUGGGCUGCUGCAGCGGACGAUGCACGCUCAUCUUCAUUUGCACUUUACAGUUGUCUUCACCUCUGGGCACUCCCGCCGUCGGAGGCUAAACACUCAAGCUGUUCAUGUCGACUCGCUUAAUGUAGGAUUGUUGGCCAGUUUCUGUGAGGUGUUGGCUUUAGAGAGGCAGGUCUUUGACUUCCUUGGUUACCAGUGGGCCCCCAUCCUUGCCAACUUCUUCCACAUCAUCAUUGUCAUCCUCGGCCUCUUUGGCACCAUCCAGUACCGGCCGCGCUACAUUGUGGUGUAUACGGUAUGGGCAGCCCUAUGGGUGGCCUGGAAUGUCUUCAUCAUCUGUUUCUACCUGGACGUAGGAGGCCUGUCCAAGGACAGCGACCUGCUGACAUUUAACAUCUCAGCCCAUCGCUCCUGGUGGAGCGAACAUGGGCCGGGCUGUGUGAGGAGAGAGGUGCCACAAGCUCCAAGGGUUCACACCACAGAGAGCCACGCCUACAUCACAGUCAUGGGCUGCCUCAUGGACUACCAGUACAUCGAGGUCAUGCACAGCGGCACACAGAUCCUUGUUGCUCUCCUGGGCUUCGUGUACGCCUGUUAUGUUGUCAGCGCUAUCACUGAGGAGGAGGACAGCUUCGAUUUUAUUGGUGGAUUUGACCCAUUCCCACUCUACCAUGUCAAUGAGAAACCAUCCCAUCUCCUCUUAAAGCCCAUGUACCUGUCUACGUAAAUAGGAGCGUGUCCAGGAGGGAGGUGACACAGCAAAUUCCCACGGAGACAAAAUGGCUGUUUUGACACAAGUGUCCCAGUGCGCUGGAGCACAGACAUUCCUCCCCCUCUUGAUUUCAUCUUUUCAGUACUUUAAACAUGUCAUUUACUGGUGUGCUGCCCAGAAAAGGCAACACUUCUCAGUUAGGGUUCAUUGUUUUCCAGGGAGGGAUGACGGGUUCAGGGAACAGGGGGAUUACAGUGUAACAAAGCCUCAUAUUGUGUAUUUAGGGAAGUAUCAAUCAUUUUCUUUGUCUUGAGUUCUCUGCUGAGGUCCCAUUGCUGUGACCUGCCCAUAAGGUUUAAUACAACCCAAGAACAUGACUGUAUAGAACACAUACGGCAUGUAAAUCAAAUUGUGUAUGUAAUCAGGAGCUGCCCAGCAUUCCCAGUCUGUGGUACUGUGUCUUAGAGGAUGCAGUGAUUUAGCAUGUUAUUGCUGGUUUGGCUCAGAUCUUGGCCGGAGGGCUGAAUUACAGUGGGGCCUGUGGAAUGAGCUAUUGUGCACAGCCUGUUUACUUUAGGCCAGGAUCUGUGUGCAUAAAUACACAAGCAAGGCAGGAAGAAGCAGGGGGAGUGGAGAGGCAAAGGGAGGGGAGGGAACAAAAGAACCAAACCUACAGGGGCAUCUGUCAAAAAUAGAAAAUGUAAAUAAUGAAACAAGGGGAAGAAAAAUUCACAAUUUAGAGUGUGAUAUGUGAACUAUCAUGAUUGCAAAUGAGUGUGUGAGAGGCGUUCAAACACGAGGAAUGGCGUAUGAGUCUUAAAUUUUAUUUUUGGAGUCUUGUUAUUGUGACUAUUUUCACCAACAGCCAAGUCAUUGUUUCAGAUGUGUCAGGUGUUUGUGUUAGACGAUGUGCUGAAAGCUUUGUUUUCACUUCAGUUCUCAUCCUCUAAACUGCUGGCAGAGCUGGCUGCUGACAGGGGUGAUCAUUACACACACUCGAGAGAAAAGGUUACACAGCGUAUUUUUAACUUGACUGAACAAUAGGAAUUGUUUUACUUGUCAUAUUGCAAACAGCAGUGUUGAAUUGUAUGGGUAUGGUCUUCAGUGUAAACGUAGCAUGGCGAUACCUGAGCAGAUCAGUUCAACAGUUAGGAUUCUCAAUGGUGAUAUUCUAAAUUGUGAUUGUUUUAUAGCAUGUUUUUACAGGGUUUGUAUUGUAAUUAUGUGUAUAAACAUAUUCAUAUAAUGACAAAGUAGCAAAACUCUUCAACUGGCUGCAUAUGAGCUGGUUAAACUGUAACUGUAAGUCGUUUCCUGCUUACAUCUCUUUCAUUUUGACCCAGCAACAUUUUAGACAAAAGUGCACACACGUGGGUCACAUCUCCUGAACUGAUUGGUAGCACUUUUCUUUGCUCCAGAACUAAUGUCAGUCUGAGUCAGAUCCCCAGUUGCCUCAUUGUUUGUGAAUCACUACAGCCCUCUGGUGUUCAAAGCGUUCAUGUACAAAGUGGGGGUCAGCUCUUUUGUAAAUCUCCAUGUUUUGUCUUAAGCUAUUAUUUUUGUUUCGUUUGCAGAUAACAUUAAAUCUCAAAACAGUAUGUUAUUUCUAAUUCUCAUGUUAGAGGAGUCAGCGCUAUACCCUGGUUGUUACUUACUGCAUGUAUUUCAAAGUUACACCUGCUCCCCUCACUCUAGAUUAAGAUAUUUUGUCACCCACUAAAUCAGAAUCCAGGACAUAUUUUGGUGCAGUCUGCUUUUUUUUUUUGCUUUUUUUUUUUUAAAUCAAAAAAGUUACAAACAAAGAAGUUUGGUUCAUUUUUCUGCUAUCGACACCCAAAAAUAUCCUGCUUGGGGUCAGAUUUCUCUCUGAUAUUAAAUGUUCUUCACUGCCAGAAAGACUGUCCACAAACUGCAAUGAUUAUGAAAAUCAAAUUGGACACGUGACCACUAAUUUCAGUAUGAUGUGAAUGAACUUUUUUGAUCUGAUUGGUCUCUCCUCUGUUGGCAAGAUGCAAUAAUUUAUAUGUCAUUAUUGUCUUUAUUGUUUAAAGUUUACACACUCCUGGUAGGCGAACUGGUGUGCGUAGUAAAAACACAAAGCACCUCAUAUUGUAACAUAGUCAGUAUUAGUAGCAAACUAAAGCUACUAAAAAUCAUUAUGUAAGAACUAGUCUUCCUCUCAGUGCAAUACAGCCUCUUCCUAAACGCCGGUGACUGGAAUUAGUUUAAACCUGUUAUGGUUGUGUCUGUGUUAGUCUCCACUGAAAAAGAUUCCACCUCUUUGUAGAUAAUUCUUUUUCUUUGUAUAGAAAGUGGAAAAGCUCUCUUUUUUUGUAUUUCUCUCUUCUACUUUGUGUCCAGUGUGGCCCUAAACCCCAUGUGAUCUGAUUGUGUAAUCCAAUUUAUCCAGAACUGUGCUUUGUGUUCAUGUAAAUAGGUGUUUAUUAAUAAAAGAAUGUGC